UCACAUUUAAUUUAAUUUAAUUUAAUUUAAUUUCAUAACCAUUUCCCCUUCUCUGCAAUUAAUAAUAUAUUCAUUAAUACACGAUUUCGUCACAUCUCUCUGUUUCUCUCUCCUUCUUUGUCUCUCGAGGUUUCCCUGAAUGUGACCUCUGCGUUAAUUUUCAUAUUUGGAGGGAAAUCUGCUUUCAACUUUGCGGAAUUUGUUCUCCUAUUUUUGACAACCGUCUGUUGAUUCUUCUCUUAUUUGUUUCUGGAAAAUUUUUCUAUAUUAUGGAGGGUAAAGUUUCGGGGAUGGAUGAGGCUAAGAAGGCAGAGGCUCACAUGACAUCAGCUGCGGCUUUUGUGGAGGGAGGGAUACAGGAGUCUUGUGAUGAUGCUUGUAGCAUAUGCCUCGAGGGGUUUACCGAUAGUGAUCCUAUGACGGUGACAAGUUGCAAGCAUGAGUUCCAUCUUCAGUGCAUUCUUGAAUGGUGCCAAAGAAGCUCCAAUUGUCCAAUGUGCUGGCAAAGUGUUAGUCUGAAGGAUCCUGCAAAUCAAGAAUUACUUGAGGCUGUAGAACAUGAGAGAAGUUUUAGGCUCACUCCGUCAAGGAAUACAAGAAUAUUUCGCCAUCCUACUCUCGGAGAUUUUGAAUUGCAGCAUUUACCAGCUGGAAUUAAUGAUGCUGAACUUCAGGAGCGGAUUAUCCAACAUUUGGCAGCUGCUGCUGCAAUUGGUAGAACUCACCGAGUUUCUCGGAGGGAUGGCUCAAGGAGCCGUUCUUCUGCUCAUGCCCGUCCACAGUUUGUUGUAUACUCAGGUCAUCCUCCUGGGUCUUCUGCUGGUUCUGGUGGAGAAGGAACUGAGCCAAUUGCAGCAGCUGAAACUAACCCAUCAGUAUCAGUUGCUUCCAUAAACAACAUCGGAAGCAAUCAAAAUUCUGCUUUAUUAUCCAGACCUUUAGUGGUGCCAACUUCUGCCCCGGGAUCAUCAAAUGAUAAUAGAAACUAUGCAAGCCAGUCGUCCUUGCCAAAUCAAGACAGAGCAGGACCAUCUGAGUUACCGUCUAUUUCAAAUUCCUGGAAGUCUCGAUUCAGUUCUAUGUCAAUGAAAUACAAGGAGUCCAUUUCAAAUAGUACAAAGGAAUGGAAAGAGAAGCUGUUUUCUCGUAGCUCUUCCAUGGCAGAUAUUGGUUCGGAAGUCAGGAAGGAGGUGAAUGCUACUGUAUCCCGCAUGAUGGAGCGUCUCGAAAGUAGAGAUAACGAUAGUCACGUGCCAGAAACAAAUAGUGCAGAAAGUUCUUCGGGCGCUGGACCAAGCAGCAACACUGGGGAUACUCCCAGUGAAACGUCGUUGAAUGGAAAGAACUCCGCCUCCGUUGCUGCAAGUUCAGUAUCAAGUUAAGUUUAUAAUAUUGCCAAGGGGCGUCCAUCUUUGAAGGUGAGUUUAUAAUAAGUAUUUUGAUAUUUGGUUACUUUUUUCGAUUAUCGUUGUUUUUCCUUGGCAAUCAAGGUAUAUGAUCCAAAUAUGACAUGCCGAGGAUGAGAUGGUGAAUGGGAUCCACAACCAUGAAAGGAAAGCAACUUGUUAAGCUUUGUUUACCAUAAAAUCUUUAUCUGAACAUAAAUCUUGCAACGUGACUUUGGGAGAUAGAUUUUAGCAGUGGUAGUACUAAGUAGAUCCAUAAAUAUCUAUUGAUGGCUUUUAAAUUAAACUUUUCUCUUUUAAAUUAAAAAGGUGUAUUAAUACGGCCUUAAAUUCCAACUUUGAAAAUACUUCAGUUAAUAAGUUUGGAGUCCAACAUUCUUUGAAUUCAAAUGGGAAUGCCAUCAAAAUUAUAAGUCCAAA